GGUCAAAUUUGUCAAUAAAGAAAAGUCUUCCACCUAGCACCCUCUAGAAAACUCUCCUUUUGUUUUUUCCUUUUCUUUUUCCCAUUUUCUCUACUCUAUUCUUAAAUACUCUGUUCUCAUCUCCUCAAAAUUCAGUAGCCAACUUUCUCAUAAGGUCACUACAUUGAUCUCAAAACAUGGCGGAUAGAUCACAUCAGUCAGUACUUCGGAAAACACACGAGCAGUCAUGGCUGUUCGGUACACAUUCUAAGCAUACGGGUUCAUGCAGUAUGGCUGGUGCUUAUGUCAAUGAGAUUAUAAAGAGUCCUUUUAUGAUGAAUCGCCAAGCUACUAUCCUGCAUUUCGAUCCAUUGCGUGCUCCUGUUCUUAUACAGGCUCCGUUGGAGAAGAAAACGACGAGUUUUUUUGUGGAUUUUCUCAUGGGAGGGGUUUCUGCUGCUGUAUCUAAGACAGCUGCUGCUCCGAUUGAGAGAGUCAAGCUUUUGAUUCAGAAUCAGGAUGAGAUGAUCAAAUCCGGUAGACUUUCUGAACCGUACAAAGGGAUUACUGACUGCUUUACAAGAACUAUCAAGGAUGAAGGUGUCCUUUCUCUUUGGAGAGGCAAUACUGCAAAUGUCAUCAGAUAUUUCCCAACUCAGGCCUUAAAUUUUGCUUUUAAAGACUACUUUAAGAGUCUGUUUAAUUUCAAGAAAGACAGGGAUGGCUACUGGAAGUGGUUUGGAGGAAACUUGGCAUCUGGUGGUGCUGCUGGUGCCUCAUCCCUUUUGUUCGUGUACUCGCUGGAUUAUGCCAGAACACGGCUCGCUAAUGAUGCGAAGGCUGUGAAACAGGGUGGUGAGAGGCAGUUUAACGGCUUGCUCGAUGUUUACCGGAAAACCAUCAAAUCCGAUGGUAUUCCUGGUCUUUACCGUGGCUUCACCAUCUCAUGUGUGGGAAUAGUUGUUUAUCGUGGUUUGUACUUUGGAAUAUACGAUUCGCUUAAACCUGUGGUUCUAGUUGGUAACUUGCAGGAUAGUUUCUUUGCGAGUUUUUUGCUCGGAUGGGGUAUCACUAUCGGUGCUGGAUUAGCGUCUUACCCGAUUGAUACAGUACGUAGAAGAAUGAUGAUGACUUCAGGAGAAGCAGUCAAGUACAAGGGCUCAUUAGAUGCAUUUUCUCAGAUAAUGAAGAAAGAAGGCAUCAAGUCACUUUUUAAAGGUGCUGGAGCUAAUAUUCUACGUGCUGUUGCUGGUGCCGGUGUGCUAGCCGGGUACGAUAAACUGCAGCUCAUUGUCUUUGGAAAGAAAUAUGGAUCUGGUGGUGGCAGUUAAUAAAGUAGAUCGAGUGAUGAUGACGAAGAUGAUCGUUAGGGUUGUACUAUAGAUUCUUUCUGUUGUCCGAGUUUGGCUUUUGAAUAAUUUUCGCGAACAAUGUUGUUGGGGAUAUAGACUCUGGAGAUCCUCAGUGGUUCCUGGUUAGAGAUCACUUGUUUAGAGAUCACUUGAAAGAAAGAUAUUGAUUUGGGAAAUUUUCUGCUUGUAUUUCUCAAUCUGUAAACUUCUAUAUAUACAUGUAUUCUAUGCAAAAAAUAAAUGAGAAGUAGAUUGUCCUUA